AUGGCAGUAACGGCAUUGCCGUUGGAUUGUUGGUUGAAAGAGCGGCUGAAGAACUGGGUGCAGUUAUCCGGACAUGAAGGAACAAUAGUGCCGGCAACUGAUCAUACGUUAUGGAAGAAGCGAACUGGCAGUGAUUACAAUGAAGGGGAUGCAUAUCGUUCGCUGAUGAACGACCCGGCAUUGGACGGCUUCGUUGCGCGAUAUUACAGAGAAGUGAAGUACAAAAAUGAAUCUUUCAUUGAAAUCGAGGAUCUCACAGCGCUUUUCGAUAAUCCCGCAAUAAUGGAUAUCAAAAUGGGGACUCGGUUAGUCAUUCCUUAUUUCACGAUUACCGUUAGUUGGCUGAUUUCAUAUCGCCAAAGAUUCUGUGCAACAGUAGUGCUUGCUUCAAACACUUCUUCUGGCUAG